AUGUUCAUUAACAAGGGCAGCACCAUCAACCUCACGUGCCCUCCGUCCAACAUCCACUGGACGCACAACUCGCGGCGCAGCUACACCUUAGAGUUCUAA